AGAUUGACAGGCACAGCGAUGCAAUCAAUGUACUAGAUUACUUGUAGUUUAAGAGUCCAUUGUCCUCUUUGCUCGAACAAAAAUGGUAGAUGAAUUUUCAAAGAGAUGACUGAGAGAAGACCAUCCAGCGGAGGAAAAUUACCACUCAUGGUCACAGCUGCGAGUUCUUGAUGACUUGAUGUCGCCGCGAAAGCGCCAUUAAACCUUAUUUAAGUAGCAGGUGAAGGCCUCGUGAUGAAAACCUUUUUUUUUUAUCAAUUAAACUGUGCAUUAAGCCAUUAACCAAAUAAAGUUGCUUGCUUGUCUGAAAACUGAAAAACAAAAAUACCCCACUUGCGUUAAAGACAAUUCGUAUAUUCCUUAUCUCGUCUCUCUUUUCUGGAUCUAAGGAAAAAAAACCCAAAUCCAUGGCUUAAUCCCCGGUCAAAAGUGCCUGCCAGAGCUACUGGGUUUCCUCUGUUUCUCAGUUUUGGAUCGGGGGAAUACAGGAGAGGAAUGGCGGGUGUCCAAGAAAAUGGGAGGACAGGGAUGGGGUUGGGAGGGGUUUCUCUUGGGAGCAAGAACAAAUACAGGAGAAUGGAUUCUGAGUUUCCUGAGGAUGGUAAUGAUGCUUCACAUCAUCAUUAUCAGGACACGAGUAGCAGUACCAGAAAAUAUGUGAUAGCCUGUGCUGUUUUCGCUUCUCUCAAUCAUGUUCUUCUUGGAUAUGAUGUAGGCGUUAUGAGUGGAGCAAUCAUAUUCAUUCAAGAAGAUUUAAAGAUAACUGAAGUACAGGAAGAAGUACUUGUUGGCAUUCUGAGCAUUGUUUCACUUUUUGGUAGUUUGGCUGGUGGAAGAACAUCCGAUAUUAUUGGUAGAAAAUGGACAAUGGGCUUAGCUGCAGUUAUCUUCCAACUUGGUGCAGCUAUAAUGACACUUGCUCCUUCAUUUCGAGUACUAAUGAUAGGAAGAUUAUUGGCCGGGGUUGGAAUCGGCCUUGGAGGCAUGGUUGCUCCUGUCUAUAUAGCUGAGAUAUCACCCACUGAAGCUAGAGGCACACUUACCUCCUUCCCAGAGAUUUUCAUUAAUUUUGGUAUCUUACUUGGAUACAUCUCCAACUAUGCAUUUUCAGGACUUCCAGUGCAUACAAACUGGAGAAUAAUGCUUGCUGUGGGAAUUUUGCCCUCAGUAUUCAUCGGAUUUGCACUUUUUAUAAUCCCCGAGUCACCAAGGUGGUUGGUCAUGCAGAAUCGAGUUGAAGAAGCAAAAUCAGUGCUAUUGAAAACAAAUGAGAAUGAGGGAGAGGUGGAGGAGAGACUUGCAGAAAUACAACUAGCUGCUGGUUUUACUAAUGGAGAGAAGCACGAAGAGAAAGCCGUGUGGCGGGAAUUGUUGCGCCCUUCUCCAUCGGUUCGACGAAUGUUGGUUGUUGGUUUUGGAAUCCAAUGUUUCCAACAGAUCACAGGGAUAGAUGCUACUGUUUAUUACAGCCCUGAAAUCUUCAAAGAAGCUGGAGUUGAGGGCAAUAAUGUUCUUGGUGCAACAGUUGCUGUGGGUGUGUCGAAGACGGCCUUUAUCUUGGUAGCUAUAUUUCUCAUUGACAAACUUGGCAGAAAGCCCUUGCUCUACCUAAGCACAAUUGGAAUGACUAUUUGUUUAUUUAGUCUGGGGCUCUGUCUCUCCUUACUGGGACAAGGACAGGUUGGGAUUGCUUCAGCAAUUUUACUCGUUUGUGGGAAUGUCGCCUUCUUUUCCGUUGGGAUUGGUCCUGUUUGCUGGGUUUUGACAUCUGAAAUAUUCCCAUUGAGGUUGCGUGCCCAAGCAGCAGCACUCGGGGCAGUUGGAAAUAGGGUUUGCAGCGGCCUGGUUGCAAUGUCUUUCCUUACCGUCUCCCGUUCAAUAACAGUGGGUGGAACAUUCUUGGUUUUCUCAGCGAUUUCUGCUUUCUCUGUUGUCUUUGUUCACACAAUUGUUCCUGAGACUAAAGGAAAGUCACUAGAGCAGAUUGAGUUGCUCUUUCAAAAUGAAAAUGGAGGGAUGCUAGCAAGUGAAGUAGAACUAGGAGAUGUUGAGCAUCUUGUGCAGAAAGAAUAACUAGGAGCCGGUAGAGUUCAUAUAACCAGAAGUAUGCUUUGUAUUACUAUCUGAUUAUUAUGAUACACAAUUAUUAAGAAAGUUUGCAAUCACAAGAGAUAGAUCCAUUUGGU